CCUCCCUUUCCCCUUCCUUCACUCCCACACCACCUCCUCCAUUGAUCUCUUCCCUUCUGCACAUUCUUGAGCUAUUUUUCCUAAAAACCCUAGUUUUUGGCCUUCUUCUCUAUUAAUUGCUAAACCUACCCAGCAGCCAACACACAUAGAGAUUUGCAUACCCAAACACAAAAUAUAUACAUAUAACAUAAGAAAUAUGUGCAGCUCAAAGGCCAAGGUGACCUUAGGGAUUGAAGUCGCACCCAUUGUGGCUGGAAUCAAUGGCAGGCCAGUCCUUCAGCCUAAUUGCAACCGGGUUCCUAGCCUAGACCGGCGUGGUUCGAUUAAGAAAAUAUCGACACCAUCACCACCUCCACUACCAUUGCCAACUUCUUCUGCAAGUAUUACUAGUCCUAGAACUACCAACAAGGCAGCUUCAUCUUUGUUAACACCUCCCAUUUCUCCCAAGUCAAAGUCCCCAAGGCCACCAGCAAUCAAGAGAGGAAAUGACCCUAAUGGCCUUAAUUCGAGUUCCGAAAAAGUUGUCACACCAGGAGGAACCACAAGAGCUAAGAUUUUGGAGAGGAAGAAGUCCAAGAGUUUCAAGCGCGCUAGCGUUGGUGUUGAUGUUGAUGCUGCUGAUCAUAAUCAUGGAGGUUUUGGUAAUGGUGGAUUCUCUGCUUCUAAUAUCGAGGCCUCGUUGAGUUAUUCCUCUUCCUUGAUCACCGAGGCACCUGGCAGCAUUGCUGCUGGCAGGAGGGAACAGAUGGCGCUUCAGCAUGCACAACGGAAGAUGAAGAUUGCCCAUUACGGCAGGUCAAAGUCUGCCAACCUUGAAAGGGUUGUUCCUGUUGAUGCUUCUGGUAAUGUAGAAGCCAAGGCAGCUGAAGAAGAGAAAAGGUGCAGCUUUAUCACGGCUAAUUCAGAUCCCAUCUAUGUUGCUUACCAUGAUGAAGAAUGGGGAGUUCCUGUCCAUGAUGACAAGAUGUUGUUCGAACUGCUUGUGUUAACUGGAGCUCAAGUUGGCUCAGAUUGGACUUCCAUUUUGAAAAAACGUCAAGAUUUCAGGGAUGCAUUUUCAGGAUUUGAUGCAGAAACUGUGGCAAAUUUAAGUGACAAACAGAUGAUGUCAAUUGCUUCAGAAUAUGGCAUUGAAAUCAGCAGGAUCCGAGGGGUUGUAGACAACUCUAACAGAAUUCUUGAGAUUAAGAAGGAAUUUGGAUCAUUUGACAAGUACAUCUGGGGAUUUGUCAAUGAAAAGCCCAUCUCACCACAAUAUAAAUUAGGCUACAAAAUCCCAGUGAAGACAUCCAAAUCAGAGUCGAUCAGCAGAGACAUGGUUAGGAGGGGAUUUAGGUUUGUGGGUCCAACAGUUGUUCAUUCAUUCAUGCAAGCCUCAGGCCUCACGAACGACCAUCUGAUCACUUGCCACAGCCACCUCCGAUGCACCUUAUUGGCUGCCUGCCGUCCCACAUUGGAAGAUAUUCUGUAGAAUUAUUGACAUCAAAGAGAGAAAAAGAAGAAGAAAAUCAUGGACAAAAUUAUAAACCCUAAUGCGUUCGAUGAUUAAUAUGUUAGAGAAGUGUGUGCAUAUAGUUUGCUAACUAUAUCGAAGAAAAAAAAAAUAGUAGUUACUUGUGAUGGUUGUGAAUUGUGUCUACAAUGUAGAUUAGAGGAAAGGUUUGUGAUUAAAUAUGUGAGAUUUUAGUUAGGGUGUCGAAAGUGCAUCAACAGUCAAGAUUCACGAUUAGUAUCGAGAAUCCAUCAUUAAUGGUUCAGAUUCGCAUGCUUAGACAACUGAUUUUAGUAUUCAUAAUUUCUUUUAAUUAAUGGGUUUGAAGUAGGCAGAAGUGAUUGAUAAUUGGAGAUAAAAGAAAGGUUUGGGAUGGAGGGUGGUGGUGUAGUGGGAGCUGAAGGAGGAGACAUCAUGUGCAUAUGCAUUUGGGAGGCAAGGCAUGUGUUGGAUGUGUCAGUUUUUUGCUUUUUAUUUCCAUGUGACCCAUCAAACUUUGAAUGAUUUGAAUUCCUUUAACAGGCUGUGUGGGAUACUACCAUCAUGUGUAUCUCUCAAUUGCUCUGGUAAUUGAGUUAUUAGUGUAUUUUUCUAACUCCUUUUUUUUGCUUUGGGGGAAUAUUAUACCCCAUUGUAUUCUUGGAUUUGAUGUGUGAGGUUUUGAGUGCUUUUUUUUUUUUUGAAUCGAUUGGGAUGUACUUCUGUUCUGAUUGCUGACUAGUGACUAAUAAUAUAUACACCUUUUUAAAAUA